UUUUGGAAAGAUUUGGUUUUUUUUUCACAUAUCGGGUUUUUUAGCUUUAUCUUUCCAUGGAAAAUCAGAGUUCUUCAGAUGACUCUACAGACUUAAUAAAUAUUUGUGAGUUUGAACCAUCAUUCAUGCCACGUUUUCCACUAGCCUGGAUGAAUUUAGAUAUAAGGCAAGCCAUCCUUCAAGCAGACGAAAACCACCGUAAAAUACGUGAGCAGUUGCCCAGGGGCCCCAAUUAUUCAAUGAGAAGUGAAGUGGUCAGGCUGAAGAAGACUUUAUUGGAUCUGGCACCCAUGUCUACCUGGUCACCUGCAGAAUUGUCUGCUGCUGGAUUUUAUGCCACCGGUCUAGAGGACAGUUCUCAAUGCUUUUGCUGUGGAUUGGUACUGUGCAAGCAAUCUCUAAGCAAAACCCCAAUGGAGAACCAUAGAAAGUUCAGUCCAAACUGUGGGUUCAUUCAAAGAGUGGACUCCGGGAAUAUCUCAAGAUAUGAUAUCCGUCUUCAGCCAUCAGAUGAUGGUCUUUUAAAUAAAGAUUUAAUGGAAAGUGAAGAGAAGAGACUACAGUCUUUUACACACUGGCCUGUGUACUCCUUGAUAGAGCCAGCACUUCUUGCACAAGCAGGUUUUUUCUUUAUAGGAAGAAGAGACCAUGUCCAGUGCUUCUCCUGCUCAGGAUGUUUGGGAAACUGGUCAGAAAAUGAUGAUCCUUGGAAAGAACAUGCAAAAUGGUUCCCAGAAUGUGCGUUUCUUCGAAACAUGAAAUCUGAAGGUGAAAUCAGACAAUACAUUCAACAUUACUGGGGAUUUGCAGGUUUUAAUGGUGCAAGUUUUGCAAAUAUCUCGGAUACAGAAAACAUGAGAGACAAGUUAGCUUCAAAAAACACAAUAUUUCAUCAUUUUGAAGAAGUCAAGUUUCUGAACAAAGAGCUCAUUACAACCUAUAAUGAAACAACCUUUCGGAACUCAUCACCCUUUGGAGAUUAUUCUGAAAUGCACAUUGAUCUCAAGUCCCUCUUUGCAGAUAUAUCUGUGGUCUUGAAGGACACCAGGAAUCAGCCAGUGCAGCAGCUCACAUUGCCUGAUAUUUUGUCCAUACUGAGCGAUAUCACCAUGGUAGAAGGUGAGGCUGGCAGUGGAAAAACAGCUCUGCUUCGGAAAAUUGCCAUUCUGUGGGCCUCAGGAACCUGCCCCAUACUAAGCCGGUUCAGUCUUGUCUUUUAUAUCUCAGUUUCCUCCAUUAAAAACCCAAAAGAAAUGUUAAGUGACAUCAUCAAUAAACAGCUGGCUUUAAACAAAACAAGUCUGACAGAAGAAAUACUCUGGAAAAUUAUAAACCAUUUAGGAAACCAAAUCCUGUUCCUAGUAGAUGAUUAUAGUGAGAUGGACUUAAUUCCUGAGAAAAUAAAGAACCUUUUAGAACAGAAUCCUGCAAAUAGAAUGAGUGUGGCAGUCAGUGUUCGUACCAGUAUGGGCAGAAAGCUUCGUCAUAUGUCAAGGACAGUUCUGAGAAUCCAAGAAUUCCCUUUGUAUAGCACUCUCUACUUGACCAAAAACAUGUUUUCAUGUGACAUGGAAUGGUUGAAAUCAUUUCUUGUAAUAUUAGAGCUAUCGAAAGGUUUACAGGCAACUCUGCAAACUCCCCUUGUAACACUAGCCUUGUGUUCCUACAAAGUCCAAUUUCCUGAUGCCACCAGAGUCAGCGAUACACAUGUUUUUAAGGCAUAUUUAACUUAUCAUAUCCAAAAAUUCCCUAUGCAUCUUGAGAAAGUAAAAGAUCUUGUUUCAUCGUGUGGAGAACUUGCUCUCCGUGGUCUCUUUCAGUCCUGCUUUGAGUUCACAGAUGAAGACCUCAGCCAAGCUGGUAUAGAUGGAGAUGAAAUCAUACAUUUUGGUCUACUUUGUAAAUUCACAGCACAAAGACUCCGACCAAAAUUUAAAUUCUUCCAUCCUUCAUUCCAGGAGUUUCUUGCAGGAAAGAGGCUUAGUGAACUACUGGAGUCUGACGAACAAGACAUCUUGGACAAAGGGUUACAUUACCUUAAAUACAUAGACACAUUUCUCAAAAUGGUAGGACGUUACCAUUAUUUGUUGAAGUAUGCUCUCAGAAACUCAGCCAAGGCAACGUUAAAUAUCUUGUCAUAUUUAUUCAGUUUGUAUGACAGCGCUAAAGCACUGGAUUGCCAUGUAGAUAGUAACGAACAUUUACAGAGACACCCUGAACUUGAUAUACCAGAACAUGUGUUAAUCUAUAGCAUAAAUGGACUAUUUGAUUUGAACCUUGAAUCACUCAAAUCAAAUCUUCUGCUCAAUCUUGCUGUUGAAGCUGGAAUUGAAAGCCAGUUCCUCUCUGCCUGUACAAGCAAAAUAAUGGAGUUUAUUAAGAGUAAAAUGUUUAGCUAUACUUUAAACCCAUUUUCCAGUGAUUCUGAACACAGUAUGUUCCUUUUCAUACAAAGAUAUCCCGAAUGCAUUUCCCUCAUGCGCUGUUUUCAGAUUAAUAUUUCUCCAAACAAUCCACACACUCUACCUGACUUUUCUGCAAUGUCAAAUAUACCUAAAACACAUGGGAUUCCGUUGAUAGAAAGGGAGUAUUCCUCUUCCUACCUUCAUCUUAAAGAUGUAAUGGAAGACAAGCAGAAAAAAAUAAAUGAGACGAAUCAAGUGUUGUCAUUAUUUCCCCAGGAAAUUAGAAUCGGCGAUGCUCUGAUUCGCGCAUUUUCAUCCCUGAGAAGCCAUAAAUUACCAUUUCUCAAGAUACAAGCAACGUCUGUCAAUAUUGCAAACUUUGCAGAAUCUAACUGUGAAAAAAUGAAGGUCCUCUUCUCCAUUUCUGACCAUAUUGAACUUACAUUGAACAUAUGCAGUGCUUUUGUCCAAAAUAACAGGUCAGCAAUCGAGGGGAACUUGUCUUCUUUCUCUGGGUGUAUCAUACAAGACACAGAAUUAAGUGCAGAAGAACAAGGACUGAUUCUCAAGAUGUCUUCACUGGAAUACUUACAUUUAGGCAGCACUCGGGAAACACCACCAGCAGGUACUAAAGCUCUUAGCUAUUUUGUAUAUAAUUAAUUUUAUUAACUGCACAUUAUUGUGCUAAAGUGUGUGGUAGUAGAUCUAGCAAUGCAUAGUGUACUGUGCUGAUUGUGUAACACCUCUUCUGGAAGAGGACAUGCCAGAGACAAUAUAUAUGGGGUUUUGGGUACACACAUUCUUAUAUUCACAGAUUUAGCUUCAGCAUAAUGGGAAAUCUGGGGUCUCAUGGUUAGCAUCUGCUGCUGUAUAGUAUAGCAGUUGGUUUCCUUAGAGGUUCAUCUGGAGGAACAUGAUCACAAUAUGGAUGAAAUUA